ACGUGGUACCUUUGAAGCAAGCUUCUUUACCGAACAUGCCUUGGAUGUCGUUAAAAGCAACAUCGGCUCUCUUGCUGACAGCGAUCACAUUGCUUGGAUCGCUGGAUUCAGCUCAGGGUCUCACAGCUCAAGAUGUGCAACUAAAUGUUGCGGCCGGCAAAGCCUUGAAUGACUCGCUGUUGUGGGGCACAUAUCGACCAAACUUGUACUUUGGGACUAGACCACGAAUACCAUCUUCUCUAUCAACCGGAAUAAUGUGGUUCAGUGGAGAUGAUUUACAGGGUUUUCAAAAUAUUCGACAUACAUGCGAGCAAGGAGACAAUUUGCACGGAUACGGCUACUUCAAACACGAUGGACGAUCCUUUGCAUUCCAAAAGAUGAAAGAUCCCUACACUGACAUAGAGUUAACCACUGAAUUUAUCAAAGUACCUGGAGGCAGAUACGGUGGCGAAUGGGGUGUUCGUAUCAAAGGAAAGCCAUUGUCGGAGGGCACAAACCCUGUAACGAACCUGGUGUUUUAUGUGGGCUUAGAAGGAGAUGGCGGAAUAGAUAUUGUUAGCAAAUUGAAGAAUGAUGGCUUGAAGUCGCCGGUCAAGCUGGAAGGCGAUUCACCAGAACUUGGUGACUUUGCCAUUCAAUUUGCUGAAGGUGCAGCAAACACUGCCCCUCGAUCAGGACUUCAGAAGGAUUUAACAAAGACUUUCUAUUGGGGAUUCCAGGCACCAGAAGAUGAGAUAUGGAAGACAAAAGAUUUCUUCCUUCAAAAAGUGUAUGAUUCUGCCAGAGAACGUUCUUCAAUGAUGACUCCUGAAGAAGCUAUGUCGAACCUUCCAUCUCUUUUUGUUUUACCCAAUGAAAUCAGUGAAUCCGAGAAUGAGGUUGCCAACCUUUACUUUUUGCAAAAGGUGUUUCAAGGAGCUUUCGAGGUUGACAUUGUCUUCAACUCUGACUCGAGUGCUGAGCAUCUCAAGCCCCAAGAUAUGAAUGCUAAACUGGAAACGGCAACCACCAAGUUUGAUCAAAAGUUUGAACGUACAUUCCAUCUCAGUGAAAAGGGGUUUAAGUCUCCAGAAGAGAUUGAAUUCGGGCAGUUCUUGCUGAGUAACCUUUUGGGAGGAAUUGGAUAUUUUUAUGGGCCAGCCAUUGUUGAUAGAUCUCAUGAUCCAUUCGAAGAUGAAGAAUAUUUUGCGAACCGUCCUCUAAACGCCCAGCUUACUGAACCUCAUGCUCUGUACACUGCGACACCUAGUCGACCAUUCUUCCCUCGUGGAUUUUACUGGGACGAAGGCUUCCACCAGCAAGUUAUAGGUAAAUGGGACAACGAUUUGAGUCUCGAGAUUAUCAAGAGCUGGGUCUCUUUGAUUGAUGAUAAUGGUUGGGUUGCUCGUGAGCAAAUUCUUGGAGCUGAAGCCAGAAGCAAGGUCCCACAAGAGUUCCAAACCCAGUUCCCACACUACGCCAACCCUCCCACACUACUCCUUGCCGUCCAAAAGUUCAUCGAUCGAUUGGAACAGCAUACCAGCGUUCACAUGCAAAUGUCAGAUGAACCCGUACAGAACAGAAUGAAGGUCUCUGCUCUUGAUGAUCCCGAAUCGCUGCCCAACCUUCACCUUGAAAAUCCUGCUUUGGCAACUCAAUGGCUUAACACAGUCUAUCCCAAGCUGAGACUCAACUGGGAGUGGUUUAGAAAGACUCAAAAAGGCCAUAAACCCAGCAAUGGCAAUGGCGAAGUUUAUAGAUGGCGAGGAAGAUCAGAAAACCAUACUUUGACUUCCGGUUUUGAUGACUAUCCCAGAGCCGAACCUCCAAGCACAUCUGAGUUGCAUAUCGAUUUGAUAUCUUGGAUGGGAUUUUCGACCCGUCUGAUGAAGAGCAUUGCAGGACACUUGGGUGAGGAAUAUGCUGCAGACGUUCAAGAAUACGAUUCGGUUCUGCAAGAUAUACUCGGUAACAUUGAUGCGCUACAUUGGAGCGAAAACGACCAGGCUUACUGUGACUUGCUACUUCAAGGCGAUGGUGUCGACUAUGUGUGCCACAAAGGAUAUUUAUCCUUGUUCCCCAUGAUCUUGGGUCUCUUACCUACAGAUUCACCCAAGCUUGACGCCAUCUUGGACAUGAUGAGAGAUGAAAACGAAUUGUGGACCCCAUAUGGUCUUCGAUCUUUGUCUGCUGCUGAUGCCAAGUUCAAUACUGGAGAGAACUAUUGGAGAGGUCCGAUUUGGAUGAACGUGAACUAUCUCGCACUUCAGAGUUUGUACAAUAACUACAUGCAUGUUCCCGGUCCGUAUCAAGAGAAAGCGCAACAAAUUUACAAAGACUUGCGUAAUAACAUUAUCCAAAACGUCUUUGCGGAAUACAAACGGACUGGAUUUGUCUGGGAACAAUACUCUGCAUUUGAUGGCCAAGGAAAGCGCAGCCAUCCAUUUACUGGUUGGACCAGUACUGUAUUGCUCAUGAUGGCCGAGGAAUACUAGAAUUGUUGAAUCUCCAUACACAUAGUUUCUCAUCAUCAUCAAAUGAACACAGAUCUGACUGUAACAGUAAAAGUUUUGUCUGAACAACCUAAAAAAAUUGUGAUCUUAUGCUUUUAUUAACCAAAGCGUGUUGUUGAAAGUAACCCAAUCU